GUCCCCGCCACCGUGUCACUGGUGCGGCCGGCUUGGGGUGCGACACCUCCAAACAGCCCAAAUGGGACCCAAAUUCACCUCCUGGUUCUGUGUUGGUGCCUUUACACCCGCACAGGCACGGCUGAGGGCUUUGAGCCUUCCUGUUGCUCGGGGUUCCCGUUGUGUUCGCUCCAGCAGCGGGGCGGAAUCAUCCCAGGGAAUCAUCCCAGGGAAUCAUCUCAGGGGAUCCCCAGGGGAUCAUCCCAGGGAAUCAUCCCAGGGGAUCCCCAGGUGCGGUGCUUGGGGCAGCUCUGACCAUCCCAAGCUCUGCUUUCCCUGGAGAUUCCCAACAAGGCAGCGCUCAGGGAGCGCAUCCCAUCACCUGCCAGGGCAAGAUGCGUUUAUUUCUGGCUUUGUGUCCCCGCCAGGGUUCUUGGCAGGUGCGGUGGCUCCUGGCCGGUUGUUUUGCCCCUGGAGUACACACGAGCACGUGGGCCGUGUGUCUGUGUCAGAUCCGGGGAGCUGCUCGUUCGCGGUGUUUUUAUUUGAGUCGGGAAGCCGCUGACGAGCAGUCGGUGGAACGAGCCGGGCAGGUCUUGGCCGGCUGCUGGGAGAGGGACCAGGCUGUUUCUCGUGGGUGCCAGUGUCGAUCCCUCUCGGUGUAUGUGUGGUAACAACAUGUCUGUCCCCCUCCUCGCCGACGCUGUCACCGUGUCAGGGGCAGAGCGGGAGACCGCCGCGGUCAUUUUCCUACAUGGCCUUGGAGACACGGGGCACAGCUGGGCCGAUGCUCUCUCCUCCAUCCGCCUCCCCUACGUGAAAUACAUCUGCCCUCAUGCGCCCCGGAUCCCGGUGACCCUCAACAUGAAGAUGGUCAUGCCCUCCUGGUUCGACCUGAUGGGAUUGACUCCAGAUGCACCUGAGGAUGAAGCUGGGAUCAAGAAAGCUGCAGAAAACAUUAAAGCAAUCAUUGAGCACGAGAUGAAGAACGGGAUCCCCCCCAACCGCAUCAUCCUGGGGGGCUUCUCACAGGGCGGUGCCUUGUCGCUGUACACGGCUCUCACGUGCCAGCACCAGCUGGCCGGGAUCGUGGCACUCAGCUGCUGGCUCCCGCUCCACAAGGCCUUCCCACAGGCGGCGAACAACGGCGUGAACAAGGACAUCGCCAUCCUGCAGUGCCACGGGGAGAUGGAUCCCAUGAUCCCCGUGCGUUUUGGGGCCCUCACUGCCGAGAAGCUCAAGUCUGUUGUCACCCCCACCAAGGUGCAGUUCAAAACCUACCCCGGCGUGAUGCACAGUUCCUGUCCUCAGGAGAUGAUGGCGGUGAAGGAGUUCAUCGAGAAGCUGCUGCCCCGCAUCUGAGCGGAGCCGCUCGGGACUGUCGCCGGGGAGGGGGCCGAGGUCGCCGCCGCCCGUCUGCCCCCGUGACCCGCCCGCUGCAAACGGAAGCCAUGGCCCCCCACCGCACCUCCCGCCCGUGCCCGCGCCCCCGCACCGCGUCCCCUCCGGCCGGGGGUGCCCGCCCGCCCCGCUGCUCCCGGAGCCCACAUCGGAGCUGGCUAAGGCGAGCCUGGGAGUGGCCUCUUCUCUCCUGCUCUGGCUCCGAGCGCUUCCCGGGGGGAAGUCACCGUCCCCUCGGCCCUCCGCGGGGCUGGCACGGCGCGGGUGAGGUUUUCCUCUUGGGUUUGGGGUUUUUAUACCAGUAUUAGGGGCGGGACGUGCCCGGCUGCGGCGGGAGGAGCGGGGCAGGGCUGGGGCACCUUGGGCGCUCUCGGCCUCCGCUCAGGCGACUCACGGGUUUUCAGUCAGAGCUCAGGAACCCGGGACUCCCCUGCGGACGCCUCCAGGCCCCGGGGCAGGCUCUGCCCUGGGCUGGCACCGCCAAAGGCUGCCCGGGGCCGGCGGGGAGGGUCAGUGCAGCUCCCGCACCUCCUGCACGGCCCUGCCUGUCACACACGCACACUCCCCUCAGCCAUCGGCCUGGGGCAGCUCUGCCCUCCUGAGAUAAUCACCUCCUUCCUGCUGCUCCUCCUCUUGUUGCUUUUACAAUCUCCAUCUCCUCCUCCUCGGCCCCGCGGGGGUCCCAGCGGCAUCUCCCCCGCCCCCCAGCCCAGCUCUGCACCCUCGGAGCCCCCAGGCUUCGUUUACACUCACGGAGCCACCGGCCCCGUCUUCAGUGUC